CAAAACGGAAGUUUACUCUAUAUUUAUAUAUGCACACCACACCUCUCCUCUUUUCCUAACUGGAGUUACUCUCCGUCUUACUUCGCCGGAAAACAUAAACUCCUGCGUAAACAAAGACAGUUUCUCUAGGGUAACCUUUUGUUAUUGGAUCUGCAAGCUUUCAUAUUUGAAUAUCUGUUCUCUCGUCUUUCAAUUUCUCUCGCUGGAGAAUGAGACUCAAAUUGGCGACUAGGUGUUUAAAUUUAUCGCAACAUUCGGUUCCACACGCGCCUUCAUUGCAAACAUUAGCCUCUACAGUGUCAUCACCGUCAGCAAAACGACGGUGUUUGACUCACCUCAGUCUUGCUUACCGGUCCGCGAUGUUAGGAACAAAAUUGUUAUCAAACGAGUCAGAGCCUUGUCGAAAGCAUCAACCGAUCAAACGUAAUGUCACGGCUAGCUUAGACGCAUGGUUUUUCAACGGUGAAGAAAAUCAUGAUGAUUUGGAGUUAGAGUGGCAGGAAGACAUGCAUCUUGCCAGUAUAGAACAAAAGGCAAACAAUGUUAAUCUGCCUUUUUUGCCGCUACGAAUCAUAAAGAAAAAGAAACAAUGGCAGGAUGGAAUAAAAGAAGCAGGGGAAUCCGCUUCCUGUUCAGUAAAAAAAGCUUUCUCUUCAAUGGUAUUCAUACUCCGAGAGCUUCAAAGCUACACACUUCAUAUGAGACAACUUUUAUUCUACCAAGAUUUACAAGAUAUCAUUGUGAGAGUCCAAAGUGAAAUGAAUGCAUCUUUCGUUUGGUUAUUCCAACAAGUUUUCUCAAAAACCCCAACUCUAAUGGUGUAUGUCAUGAUUCUGUUAGCCAAUUACAGUGUCCACUCAAUGUCAAACAACUUCACAACAACAUCUGCCCCACCACCACCCGCCACAAUGGAAUCUGUUACAACGAGUAACACGCACACGAAGUUUGAUUCUUCGUGGAUCAAGACAUUUUCCUCGAAUUCGGGUGAUAGAACCAUCUCAAUUGGUGGAAACAAUGGCGGUGGAGGGAGAUUUCGGCCUGUUGCUAGUGGUACUGAUGGUAACGACAAGUUUGAUCGAUUUGUUAGUUUUUCGUUGGGGGAUGUGAGUAUGAUGAGGGCGGGUGAGGAGUCGGGGAAUGAAGAGGAAUGGGAGUCGUGGAAUUCGAUCGUGAAUGAAGCUGAUCAAAUUCACGGUGUGAUCGGAGAUGGUGGUUUGGAUCAUGAGACGAUGAAGAGCUUUGUUUCUCCGGUGAAGACGAGUAUCGAGGCGGAAGAUGCCGAGGAUUAUUACAGGACGGAGGUUGUGUAUCAAAUGGGUUUGUUGCAAGAACCCGAUAACCCGUUACUUCUUGCUAACUAUGCUCAGUUCCUGUACCUGGUAGCACGUGAUUACGAUAGAGCGGAGGACUACUUCAAAAGGGCUUCUAUGGUUGAACCCAAGGAUGCAGAAGCACUAAACAAAUACGCAAGUUUUCUGUGGCAAGUUCGAAAAGAUUUGUGGGCUGCCGAAGAGACUUAUUUGGAGGCAAUUUCAGCCGAUCCUAACAACUCCUUUUAUGCGGCGAACUAUGCGCAUUUCCUAUGGAAUACCGGAGGCGAAGAUACUUGUUUCCCACUUGAUUCACCAGAGAGUGCGUUUUUUGAUGACGUGUAAAUCAUACAAGACUCGGGUUUAGCUUAGAUAGUUCAUAUAAUAAACGAUUUAGGCCGCAAAAUGUUUGUUUUUUAGGUGAUGGAGGUUGAUGAUGCAAUUGGGAACCUACUAAUUUUGUAUAAAUUUGAUUUUUCCACCAAAAGGGAGGAAAGUUGUAAUUAACUUUUUGUUAAAUAAAAUUAUAGGCGAAAAUAAAACUAGACAAAUGUGAAG